AUGGCAUUUCAGUUAAGCUGGUGGGGUGUAAAAGCUGAGAGUGAUGAUGCUGACUCCAGGUGUUCUAGCACAAGUACGCCGCCUCCGGAUGCAGAAGAAUCUCGCCCCCAAGUGGUAGCAGCACGAGGGGACAGCAUCAUAGCAGUCGCGAAUCCAGCUCUUCAUCCUCCACACUUGCCUUCACACACCACACAUACACAACUACCAGCUAGAAAUCAUUCCAACUGA